AUUUCCUUAUAAACCAACACAUUUCCUUUUUAUUCUUCUCCAUCAUACAAUAUCAAACCAAAAGAAAGAAAAUACAAAAUAGAAGCAAUGGCAACUCAUAUAAGAGUCAUCAUCUUCAUCUUCACAUCAUCAGUGAUUUUACUAAAACAUAGCGAAGGUGCGAGAAUUUUCACAAUAGUUAACCAAUGCAAUGAGAUGGUUUGGCCGGGGAUCACUCCCGGAGACAACUUCGGCGGCGGAGGCUUCCCUCUAAAGUCCGGCCAAUCGAUAGUGUUCACGGCGCCAGUCGGGUGGUCCGGCCGGAUAUGGGGCCGCAGCGGCUGCAACUUUGAUAGCUCCGGCAAUGGCUCAUGUGAAACUGGUAACUGUGGCACCAAUCUCAAGUGUGCCGGCUCCGGUGAGCCUCCGGCAACCUUAGCUGAAUUCACAUUAGCAAAUCCAGACUUUUACGACGUCAGUCUUGUCGACGGGUUCAAUCUGCCGAUGAGUGUGAGAGCAGUGAAUGGAGUGAGCGGAAAUUGUAGCACGGCCGGGUGUGACGGUGAUUUGCGCGAUGAUUGUCCGUCGGAGCUGGCGGUGAAGGUCGGGAAAAGGACGGUGGCGUGCCGGAGUGCAUGUGAUGUGUUUAACACAGAUGAGUAUUGUUGCAGAGGAGUGCAUGGGAAUUCCAUGACUUGCCAACCUACUUACUAUUCUAAGAAGUUUAAGUCUGUUUGCCCCACUGCUUAUAGUUAUGCAUAUGAUGAUCCUACUAGUAUUUUCACUUGUUUUGGAGCUGAUUAUAUCAUCACCUUUUGUGCUGGCAGGAAACAAACAGUGUGCACAUAUCAUGACAACAGGCUGAUUUGCAAUGGAUCAAACAGAAGCUUUGAAUUUGUUCAUAAAUUGCUGCUUUUCAUGAUCUCAAGCAUUCUCAGUUUGUGGCUGUUGGCCUAAUUAAGCAUAAUUUCACAUACAUACAUGUAUAUAUAUACUGAUAUUUUUCCACCAUGUAAAUCAGAAUUAAAAUUCAAUUUAUUUGAUUUGGACUA